AUGUCGACUUUGUCACUACAGAAAGUUGUUUCUUUCACGUCUUUCACCGGCAGCGUUCAAAAUCAAACUGAUGUGAUGCGAUGCUUGGGUUUAUCAUCAUAUUACUUACUAACUAAACUAGUAAAAUCGUGUGCUGACAAUCAAGAAGCCACAUGCGAUAUUUUAGAGAUAAAAAACACUCGCUCACAUUUCACUUAA